AUGCGUCCAAAAUCAAAGAAAUUGACGGGGCUUGGAAAAGCCAUUAUCAAAGAUCGAUUUAAAGGAAACACAAGGCCAAGAGACGGCGAUAAUUUCUUGCAUACCACGGAUUUGGAUGACGGAGCGAGUUGGACAAAAUUACAAUCUAUAACUCAACAGCGAGAUUUGGACGAAUUUUUGAGUACAGCUCAAUUGGCGGGAACUCAGUUUACUGCUGAGAAAGAGGUUUUAGCAAGACAAGAAGCUAAUAAAGAAAAAUUAGUAAUACCAAGAAGGCCAAAAUGGGAUCAAGCCACUACACCUAGUCAAUUAGAAUUGAACGAAAGAGAUUCAUUUUUACGACUUCAAGAGCAAGGUGAAUUUCUUUUAACACCAUUCGAACGUAACCUAGAAGUAUGGCGUCAACUCUGGCGCGUGAUUGAGAGAUCAGAUUUGGUGGUACAGAUUGUUGAUGCAAGGAAUCCAUUAUUUUUUCGAUCAACGGAUUUGGAAAAAUACGUUAUAGAAGUUGAUGAAAAAAAGAAAAACUUAUUAUUAAUUAAUAAAGCAGAUUUAUUAACUGCCAAUCAAAGGCAACUUUGGUCAGAUUACCUUGAUUCGCAAGGUAUUCGAUACAUUUUCUUUUCCGCUGCUCUUGCACAAGAGGACCUCGAAAAGGAACAAUUGAAUGUUUCUGCUGAUAAUGCAUCUGAAUUUAAGGAUAACAGCGAUGAUGAAAAGGAAAAUGUGGAAAUUUAUCCUCAUGACAAUAUUUCUAAAGUCUUACCUGUCUUCGGAGGCAAUGAAGAUGCUAAAGAUGACGCGAUUGAACAUUCAAAAGGUUCUUCUUUGGAAGAUAAACACAUCGUCAAUCAGAAUGAAAAAAUUUGUAUUAGAACAACUAAAGACUUGAUUUCUUUAUUAGUUGCUGAGGCUGCAGAAGUCGAAGAUCAAACUGAACCAGAUAAAAAGCUAACAAUUGGUCUAGUUGGAUAUCCAAAUGUUGGUAAAUCUUCAACGAUAAACGCUUUACUUGGAGAGAAACGAGUUUCGGUUUCAUCAACUCCAGGAAAAACCAAACACUUCCAAACCAUUCAUCUUUCACCCUCAUUAAUUUUAUGUGAUUGUCCCGGAUUAGUAUUUCCAAAUUUUGCUACGACAAAUGCUGAUAUGGUUUGUAAUGGAGUAUUGCCAAUCGAUCAAUUAAGAGAAUGUACCGGUCCUGCGGCAUUGGUUGCGCAGCGAAUACCCAAAUCUGUUCUUGAAGCCAUGUAUGGUAUCAAAAUUCGUAUUCAAGAAACGGAAGAAGGUGGAAAUAGUAUACCAACAGCAGAAGAACUGCUUGUUGCUUUUGCAAUCGCGAGAGGAUUUACGAAAUCGGGACACGGAAAUCCUGAUGAAUCACGAGCAGCACGUUAUAUACUCAAGGACUAUGUUAACGGCAAACUUCCAUAUUGUACAAAAUCACAAGCACUUGAUCAAUCAUUUUUUGAUGAUCAAACACCAUCACCAAAAAUCAAAGGGAAAUUUGCCGGAGAAUUUAGUAGGGUUAAAUUGUAUCCUAUUCAUAGCACACUUGAUGAUGAAGGAAAACCAAUUGAUAAAGGUGGUUCAACUUCAUCUUCAAUUAGUGCAAAUGCUCAACCUGAUAAAAAACACAAAAAAGGAAGAAAGAACGUAAAGAAUCAUGGUGCAAAUGGUUACAAUAUUUAA